AUGGCUGUUGGUCAAAUUUUCUUAUCCUCUGGAAAUCUCACACAAAUUCUUCGAUCGCCUGCUUUUAAAGCACUGCUAGCGACUGGUAUCUUUUACUUUUUUAUCUUCCAAUAUUGUCGCAUCCGGUUUUGGCGUGAUCCGCAUUCAGCAUUCUUUGAUAUUUCCAAGGUUUACGACUGGCAAUACAGUCUUACUAGAGAGCAUGAAGCACAUCACUUUAUCGCGUUCCAUAAAACACUCUUGGUGGACAAUGACCAUCAACAAUCCGACGAGAUCUUGAAAAGCAACGAUGAGCCAUUGGUGUGCGCUGCAUUCGUAACCGUGAAAAGAGAUCUGGACGACUAUUUUGAGGACUCUAUCGGCUCCAUGUUAGAGGGGCUGGACGAUCGAGAGCGGCACGCCUUGCAUUUGAAGGUAGUAUUUGCCAAUACUGAUCCGCAGAGACACCCCAGCUGGGGACAGCCGUGGUUGAAUCGAGUAAUCGACUCGGUAGAGUCCUAUGAAGUACCGCAGUCAACAUUCCGAGAACUUCAGAGAUUAGAAGCUGAAGAGGAUUUUCGGACCAAAGGUGUCUUUGACUACGUAUAUACCUUAAACCGCUGCAUGGAGACCGACGCACCAUACAUCGGGAUUUUCGAAGAUGAUAUACUUUUCGCAGACGGGUGGAUGGCAAAAACCAUGAAGGGACUGAUGAAGCUGAACCACACUAUGGAAUCUGAACCUAUCGAAAACGUUGAUGAGACCCUUGCUCCGACAGCUUCGUGGUUAUAUAUGCGCCUAUUUUACACCGAAACGCAGUUACAGUGGGAAGAAACCGAUUUUGCAUACCGAAAUAUUCACAUGAUAUUUCUAGUUGCAAUGAGUACAGGCCUUCUCAUCUGUAUGAUGACUCGAAGGCUCUUUCCGCGAGCACGGUCAAUCUUGACAUAUAGCACAAUAAUAGUCAUUUGUUUAGUGACAAUUCCUGCUUUUACUGGGUUAUACUUCAUGAUCGGAAAAUAUUCCGUUCAUCCACUUCGGGACGUUGUCCCCAUGGAUGCUCACGGAUGUUGCUCGCAAGCCCUUAUCUAUCCUCGCCAACAUGUUCCCUCUCUCAUCGACUAUCUUGAACAGGAGAGGAGUGGUCAAACAGACUUGAUGAUCGAUGAUUUUGCACAAAAGACUGGAUUAAGACGAUUCGCCCUAGCUCCACCUCAGGUCCAGCAUGUUGGCCUUCGCUCAAGUCGAAAAAUGGCAGAGGCUGAUACACAGAGCACGUGGGCAUUUUGGUUCGAGGCAAAUGAUGCUAAAAAGCUCAAAGAGGAGCAUUUAAGUAUCCUCAACGAUGACAAAAUCGACGCUCUGCUUGGCAGAUUUCAAGUUUAA